UCAAGCUCACAUUCUAUACUCCUCUCAAAAAAAACAUAAAGAAACCAAAAAUUAAAAGAGAGAGAGAGAGAAACAGAUCAUGAGGAGCAUUGCAAGCACAACAACCGCUUCUUCAUUGUCACCAACGCCAUCGGUGUCACACGUGGCACAGCCUCAGGGACAGCGGUCGCCGUGGCACUCUCCGGUUCCGUACCUCUUCGGUGGGCUGGCGGCGAUGCUGGGUCUCAUAGCGUUCGCUCUGCUCCUCCUGGCCUGCUCCUACUGGAGGCUUGCCGGGCAGUUCGACGAGAGGGAAGGAGGUGGCGCCAGAGACGACGACGACAGAGAUUUGGAGAGCGGUACCGGCGAAGGGAAAGAGGGAGAGGGCUCUGAGGGAAAGGUGGUGAAGGUGUACGAGGAGAAGAUAUUGGUGAUCAUGGCCGGGGAUCAGAAGCCCACGUUCUUAGCCACCCCUGUGUGCGCUAAGACGGCGUCGUUUGGUGGUGGGAUUGAUCAUUUGAAUGACGGCGGCGAGAACAAAGAGGCCGGAGACAAGGCAGAAAACUGCGAGACAAUGAAAAAGGAGAUGGGGGAUCAGCUUAAUCAUCAUCAUCAUCACGCUUCCACUGAAGAAAAUGGACAGCUCCAGGAGACCCCAGAAGCCCAAGAUCACAACCAGUGAGAGGCUUAAUUGGUUUCUUUUUUGUUCUCCACUCUCCACAGAGAGAGAUUUUGAUGAGUGUUUCUCCAUUUUGAUCCAUUUUCUUCUGGGCUUUUGGACCUUUUUUUUUUUUUGGCUUUAGUAUCCGAGGAUGUAAAUUUUUCUGAGAUUGAAUAGAAGACGACAGAGUUUUCUCUUCC